AUGUUCAUCAAGUCUGCCGUCGCCGGUGCGCUUCUGACCAGCUUCGUCGCUGCGCAGACCUUUAACUCCACCGUUGACCCAGGAAACGUCCUGCCCACGACCAAGUCGCAAUGGUGCCUGUCCCAAAUCAACGUCUGUGGCACUCUGUGCAGCGGCGAGGUCAACAGCAACGAGUGUGAUGCACCUACCCUUGUCUACAACUGCACCUGUGCCUCCAACAACUCCGCUCCAGGUCUCGCAUACUACACCGGAACCUUGCCAACCUUCGUCUGCAACCAAGUCUUUGAGAACUGCAUCGCUGCCGGAGAGAACGACCAAGCUGCCCAAGCUGUCUGCACAAAAAACAAGGACGCAAACUGUGGAACUCUGGACCCGGACAACUUUACCGCCCCUGCUGACACCUCAAGCUCCACAUCAUCCUCUCCCUCCCCAUCAGCCGUAAACUCUCCUUCGGCCGCUGCUGGAACUGCUACCCCUACAAACACUCCCAACGCUGCUGGUCCUAUCUUGAUGCCCGGCCAAAACGUCGGUCUCGGAGCCAUUGUUCUUGCCGCCGGUGCUGCGUUCGGAUACAUCCUUUGA